ACCACAGCUCGCUGUCAUGCUCGCUCCUAGAAACAGUUGAGAUCUUUGAAACCGAGAUCAAAUCAGAUCCUAUGCAGGGGUUUAUGAACAUUCUAAGCUCUGCCUCAUCUGUCAACGAGUCAGAAGUUAACAGACAUUUUCACCAACAUCAAACUGACAGUAGGCUGAAAAUCCAAAGAAACCCUCACAGCAGCCAACAGAAAGUACAGGAGAGUUAUAGUUUGUCUACUUCCUGUCUGUUCCUUCAGCCCACAGUGCUGCUGCACAGACUUGACAUUGCUGAUAUGCCGUUACCUGUGUCCUCUCCAACAUUGAGUCCAACAUUGAGGAUAAAGAGUGUACCUCAGUAUUCUUUGACGCCUGACCCAUCCUAUACAAUGGGGAACUCUAACAGAAGCAAGCGUGUCAAAAUGUGCUCCUUAUGUGGGAAGACUUUUAUUGAAGCAGAAGAUUUGAUGGCACACAUGAGAUCUCACACUGAGCAGAAUCCUUACCAGUCUUUUGAAGAGCUUAACAUGUCUACAUCAUCUUUUGAGGAUGGGAUAGAGAUAUCCCAGCCCCAUGGCACUUCACCCCUGAGCCCAACAACUUUCAAAGUUUGUCCCACUCCAAGACAGUCCUCCAAAUCCAGACCGUCCUCCAAAUCCAGAACAUGUCACGUGUGUCUCAAGACUUUCUAUGCUGUAUAUUCAAUGAGAAAGCACAUGAUUUUCAAACGUGAUCAGCUCAUUUACCAGUGCCUCGACUGUGGAGAACAAUUUGAGAGAAAGUUUAAUUUGAGGGAACAUACGGCAGAGUGCCAUCCCACUCUGUCAUCCAAAGCCAGAACAUGCCAUUUGUGUAACAAGACUUUCGGCAGCCCAUAUUUAAUGAGAAAACACCUAAAAUCCCAACAUGAUCAGCUCCCUUACCAGUGCCGCGACUGUGGAGAACAUUUUAAGAGGAAAUGUAAUUUGAAGGAACAUACGAAAAACUGCCCCACAAUGUUUUCCUGCCUCAGCUGUGGAGAAAAGUUUGAGGAAAGGUGUAAUUUGAAGGAGCAUAAAAAAGAGUGCUUGGCAGUGAAAGAGCUCUUCUCUUGCUCUCUUUGCAAAAAGCCCUUUAUUGAAGCAAGGGGGUUGACCGCACACAUGAGAUCUCACGAGAAAAAGUCUAAUUUGAAAGAACCUAAAGUGUGCUUAGCUGCAAAAAAGCGCCACUUUUGCUCGAUGUGUAAUAAAACAUUCAUUAAAGUACACGAUUUGAAAGCACACUGGAGAUCAUACACUUACCAGUGCACCCAGUGUUUGCAAAGCUUUGAACAUCAGGAGAACUUACAGAAACAUCCUCAGUAUGCUCGUGAGGAGGCAACUCAACUAGAAGAGGUUAACACGUUUACACCAUCUUUUGAGGAGGAGAUGGAGACAUCCCAGCCCCACAACACUUCCAAUGUUCGUCGCGAUCAAAGAUACUCUUUCAGAGCCAGAACAUGCAGUCUGUGUCACAAGACUUUCAACAGUAUAGCUUUAAUGCGAACGCACCUGAAUUCCAAACAUGCUCAGCUCCCUUACCAGUGCUUCUGCGGUGGAGAGAAUUUCAAGAAGAAGAUUAAUUUGAAAGCACAUAGGAAAGAGCGCCAUCCCACUCCAAGUCUCCAACCCAAGGAGUCAGUCAAAGCCAGAUCAUGCCGCUUGUGUCGCAAUACUUUUGACAGUACAGUUUUUUAUGAGAAAGCACCUCAAAUCGCAACAUGGCCAGCUCCCUUACCAGUGUCUGGGCUGUGGAGGAAAUUUCAUAAAGAUCUCUCAUUUGAGGGAGCAUAAAAAAGAGUGCUUUCAGAGACCACAGAAAGACUUGUGGGAGUCAAAUGAGGGAGUCGAUCCAAACCAUCACCAAAGGGAUGUUAAUCCAGCAGAUAGCAGCAGCUCUCUGGCAACAAGGGAGAGUGAGACAGAGAUUCCACAGUCCCACAGCUCUUUAAACCUUAUAACCUCCGAUACACCCCCCCACUCAGAAACCCUAUCUUUGUGAAAUAUGUGGUAAGGAUUUCCUGAUGCUGUUUCGAAUGAAAGAACAUAUGAGAGCACACACAGGAGAGCGCCCUUUCCCUUGCCGAGACUGUGGCAAAGGUUUUAGCAGAAGGCGGAGUCUGAAACGCCAUCGAUUGAUUCAUACAGAAGGUCGGCCAUUCCUUUGCACAGACUGCGGCAAACGUUUUUAUACAGAGGCCAGUCUGAAAUCCCAUCAACUGAUUCAUACAGGAGAACGGCCAUUUGCAUGCACUUUAUGCAAGUUACACUAUCUCACAAAAAAACACCUGCAAAGACAUGAAAAAACAUUGUUUUAAAACAAAACAUUUUAACGGUGUGUAUGAUGUGCAAAAGCUUUUUUUACAGUGAGUAGUCAGUUGAGUCCAGCUGUUGUGUGUAAAUCUUCCUAUUUAAGUAACCUAGCCUGAGACCUGAAGACUUGGUUUCACAAGGUGAUGGGCAGGCUUAAGCUCAGCAGGCUAACACAGUCUUGUGGCGCACAGGAGACCUGGUCUCGAAUCCAGUAAGUAACACCAGCAACCUCUUCUCACCAGAUUUAUCUACUGAAUUGACUUUUAGUACUGCAAUUGACUUUUAUUUUGACUCAUUAUUAUGAUGAAUGUGUUUUAGAUUGUAUUCCUUGUGGAGAAUUGAUAACAUUACUGCCUCAUUAGGUGUAUGUGUGUUGAUCCUGUGCUUCAAGUCAUCUGUGUUUUAUUAGUCAUGCCACAUGUAAUUUUCAGUGGUGUAUUGUACUUAAGUAGAAAUACUUUAAAGUAAUACUUAAGUCUUUUUGGGGUAUCUGUACUUUACGAUUUAUAUUUUUUAGCACUUUUACUUUUACUCCACGACAUUCCAAAAUAAAAUAAUGUACUUUUUACUCCAUACAUUUUCCUGACACCCAAAAGUACUCGUUACAUUUUGAAUGCUUAACAGGACAGGAACAUGCCCCAGUUCACACACUUAUCAAGAGAACAUCCCAUCUGCCUAUGAACUGCCGGACUCACUAAACACACAUGCUUCAUUUGUAAAUUAUGUUUGAGUGUGCCCCUGGCUAUCCGAAAAUAAAAUAAAUAUCCAAGAAA